UUUUUCGUCUUCGCUAGUAUUAUUUGACCUUCGGAGCUCACCUUUACCUCUUCCACCUUUUCAUAUUCUGCUUUGUCUCCUCCAUUUUGUUUUGUUUUAAUUCUCUUCCUCCCUCUUUCUUUAACCUUUUCUCUCUUAUAAAAUCAGCCUUUUUCUUCCUCUCCCUUCUUGUGUGCUUUCUUUCCUAUGGCGGUUUCACCCUCAAGCAUUUCUAGCUUGGAGUUGACCAUAUCUAUGCCUGGCUUCUCUUCUUCUCCUCCUUGUCCUUCAUCUGAGGUUUGUGCCGUGAAAGAUUUGGACAUAAACCAACUACCAUCAGGAACAGGAGAAGAAGAAUGGAUCACUGCGGGCAUGGAAGAUGAAGAGGAAAGCACUAAUGGAGGCCCACCUCGCAAAAAACUCCGUCUCUCUAAGGAACAGUCUCGCCUUCUUGAAGAAAGUUUCAGGCAACAUCACACCUUAAACCCUAGACAAAAAGAAGCAUUAGCUUUGCAAUUGAAGCUGAGGCCUAGACAAGUUGAGGUGUGGUUUCAAAACCGGAGGGCCAGGAGCAAGCUUAAGCAGACAGAGAUGGAGUGUGAGUAUUUGAAGAGAUGGUUUGGUUCAUUAACCGAGCAAAACAGAAGGUUGCAAAGAGAAGUAGAGGAGCUUAGGGCAUUAAAGGUGGGUCCACCAACCGUGAUGUCUCCUCACAGUUGUGAACCUCUUCCAGCAUCCACCCUUACUAUGUGUCCAAGUUGUGAGCGUGUGACAACCACCGGCUUGGACAAGGGCUCCACCAAAACCACCACCACUGCUGUGGCCACCCCAACAAUAGCCGCCACCUUGUCCUCUAAAGUUGGGACACCCGCACUCCAAUCUCGGCAAUCUUCUGCGGCUUGUUAGUCAGCUAUAAUGAUCAUUGAUUACUUUGAUAUGAACGAAUAUAGGUUAGAGAAAUGUUCAUACUAGUUUACACCAAAUGUAUGAGAUAGAUACUACGGUAUCUGGUAUCUAAUCUACAUGGAUAAUUAGUUUACUUGUUAAUUAGCACUUUCAUCUUUUUAAUGCCUUUUCUAAUUGAGUGCUGUUUGGUUUUUCA